AUGUCGAGCAUCGGGCUAACACGAGGCUUUCGAUGUUUUUCUCCCGGCGUCGCGACGCAGGAGAGCGACGGUGGUUGCGAUGGUAGCGACGCCGAGAUGAUCGGUAAUGGGAGACGCGGAGGCGGAACGGAAAGGGAUCGCGAUAUGGAGGAGGAUGAGGACGAAGGAAGGGAGGAAAGGAGCUCAGAGGGUGGAGGUGGUGGAGGUUUCGGUGGUUGGAGAUCCCACUUACUCGGUGGGCUAACUCAACGUGUCAAAUCCUGGUACUGGGGCGCCAGGCCCCUCGAACUCGCGCACAAGCUCUCACGGAGCUUUGAUAUGCAGGAAGCGCAACUUCUUGAGGAGGGCGGCUCUGGUGGCGCGGCAGCUGGGGCUGGAGGUGCCGGUGGACCACCUAGAAGGCAUCACAGUGCUCAAAGACUGGCUAGAAGCGAACUAUCCGAGAGAAGAGAGGAAGAUGGUGCGUUGGUGGUACCUGAUCAUCAGGGUAACCUGAGGAUCACCGUGAAGAAGACCAAGUCGAUUUUGGGGAUUGCCAUUGAAGGUGGUGCUAACACCAAGCAUCCGCUGCCCAGGAUCAUUAAUAUACAUGACAAUGGAGCAGCGUUCGAGGCAGGUGGUCUCGAGGUCGGUCAGCUGAUCCUAGAAGUGGACGGUCACAAAGUCGAAGGUCUCCAUCAUCAGGAGGUAGCAAGACUGAUCGCCGAAUCAUUCGCGAGACGCGAUCGCAACGAGAUCGAGUUCCUGGUUGUCGAGGCGAAGAAGAGCAACUUAGAGCCGAAACCUACGGCUCUGAUAUUCUUGGAAGCGUAGCAGGAAUCUCCCACCUCCGAGCCGGAACCACCA